AUCCCUUUGCUGACUACAUGGAGGGGGCAGCUUUGUGCCCGCCUGAAUGUCACCAGCGAGGCGGCGCUGAGCUGGUACCUGGCACGUGCCCGGCGCCUGCGGCAGGCGCUGGGCGCCACGUACAUGGUGUUCGAGGGUGCUGAGGGCAACGCCUUCCUGGAGCAAGCUGUGCCCCCUCCCGCCGAGCUGGCGGGCGGCCGGUACACCGGGGUCUUGGCGGAGGCACUGGUGACACUGGGAAACGCCACCGUCAUCAGCGCCGGUGCCAGAUCCAGUCACCUACCUCUCUUCAUCCAGAUGAGCCCCCUGCGCUCGGACUGGAGCCACGCUGGGCUGAAGGGGGUAAUUCCCUCCGUGCUGCACUACAGCCUCCUGGGCUACAACUUCCUCAUCCCUGAUGCAGUAGGAGGGAGCCUGGCGGGUGACACCCCGCGGGACAUGGAGCUCUACGUGAGGUGGCUGCAGGUUGUGACGUUUCUCCCCGUGAUGGCCUUCAGCACACCGCCCUGGCUCUGCUGCGACGCCUGGGUCCUGAACCUCACCCGCCGCUGCAUCCAGAGGCACCGGGACUUUGUGGUGCCACUGCUCAUCAAGUACAGCUCAGAAUGGCUCCGCUCGGGGUAUCCCAUCUUCCGGCCAGCCUGGUGGCUCAGCCCCACGGAUCCAGCCGCUUUUACCAUCGAGGAUGAGUUCCUCAUUGGAGAUGAGGUUCUGGUUGCCCCAAUAACAGACAAAGGGCACACAUGGAGAGACAUCUACCUGCCUGGAGAGGGGCACGUCUGGAUGGACACCAACACUGCCCGUGUGUUUGACGGAGGCACCAUCCUCAGGAACUACUCUGCCGGCCUUGCGGAGGUGCCGGUCUUUGUGAAGACCUCCUAA